AUGUCCGUCCACUCUAAUGGUGCACGUAAGGGCGGUGAAGAAGAUGGUGAGCCCCUCCGACAGCAGCUUUGUAGUCUUAGAAUUCAUCCAGCUGAAGCUAACACGUCCGACUCUGCGACUGAUCCAGAGGUAUGUCCCGUGUGCAAGUCAUCGCGGUAUCUCAACCCUGAUAUGCGCUUUCUUAUAAAUCCGGAAUGCUACCAUAAAAUGUGUGAGUCGUGCGUGGAUCGUAUCUUCUCGUCUGGCCCAGCCCCAUGCCCUUUGGCGGGAUGCCACAAAACACUCAGGAAGAACCGGUUUCGAAAACAAACCUUUGAAGAUAUUGGCGUAGAAAGGGAAAUCGAUAUACGAAGAAGAGUCAUGCAAAUAUUAAAUCGUCGCGAAGAUGAAUUUGACAACAAACUGGUCUAUGACAAUUUCCUCGAACAGCGUGAGGACAUAAUAGCACACCUCGUCUCCGGCAUUGACGUUGCGAAAACCGAAGCCCAACUCUCCCAAUAUGCAGCCGCAAAUGCCAAAUCCAUCCUGCGCAACCAAGCCCUCGAAUCCCAAGAACCCGCCACCUUUCUCCAAAACCAAUCCUUCGAGCAAGAGCAGGUACGGCUGCGCCGCGAAGUUGCACGGCAAGAUUAUGACAAUGAAAGACGAGCCCUCCUCUCUGGGCGAGAAACCAUCCUCACCCGCCUCACAACAGGAAGUUUUGAGGAAGCCGAGGCCAUCGCAAACGAAGGUAAAAAGAGCAUGCUUAAGAAGUCCUCCGUGCGUCGGAGCGAAGAUGAACGACUUAAACGCAAACAAGCAGCUCUCCUUGCCGACUCCAAAGGAGCGCAGGCUCCUGCAGAUUCAGUGGACAAGGGAACUGGCCAAGUAUUUGAUUCUGAUCUUGUUAAGGGCCUGAAGAAGAUCAAGACUCCUGAACCGGAAAAGCCAUACGACCCCUUUGGUGGAAUCAGACUCGAUGGCCGCAACUACUACCAACUUCAAGAUCAUUACCCGUCCUCCUAUCUUGAUCCGAUCCGGGAUAAUGUCCAGAUGCUUGCCGGCGGUUAUGACUUGAGAGAGUACUAUGCGCGGUCAUUACUAGAGGCGUUUGCAGGACUGGGAUGUUUUAUCGAUGAAGAAAUAUCUACGAGAAACGCUGCGGCGAAUCCUUCCCCAACGCGAAUGGCAGCAUCUGCUGCAGCCAGGACCCCUAUCACUGUUGAUGACGAUAUGUCAUGA